AUGGAAGGUGCUGAUCAAAGUAAUAUGAAUCGAAAUGGUUGCGUAUUUGGUUCAUCAUCAGGAGCAAAUCUCAGACCCCCAAAUCGAUUGAAUAAUGCUGUGCCUAUUAGUCAAAUGGGUCUGGCUGAGAAUCAGAAACCCUAUGGUAUACCACCCUCACACCCUAAUUCAAAUAUUUCACCUUCUUCACCCUAUCCUCAGUAUUUUGCUUCCCAAUCCCAUUCCAAUUCGGUUGCCCAGCGUUUGGGUUCUCCCAAUUUGAGUUCUGCUUCAUCGCAUUCUAGGUCUUUGUCUCAAUCCUCUUUUUUCUCUCUGGAUUCUUUGCCCCCAUUGAGUCCUUCCCCUUAUAGAGAGCCCACCCUUUCUGACCCAAUUUCAACAGAUAUGUCUGCUGAGGAAAGCUUGGUUAACCCACAUGCUCCUGUGCCUAAUCGUGGCCCUGCUCUUCAGCUUGGCCAUUCUCUUCCACCUCGGAAAGGACACAGGCGAUCCAGCAGUGAUUCCCCCUUAGGAAUCUCUGAUUAUAUUCAGUCUGCCCCUCAGUUGAUUCCCUCCAGGACUUGGAGUGAUCGAGAUGGUUCGGCUUCUAGGGGAGGGAACUCAGGUUAUGAGAAACCGAUUCAGUUAGUGUUAAAGGAACCGAUUAAGGAUGUGGACCGUGCUGAUGGUUUUGGUGGGGAACCUAUGAUUGGAAGGAAAGAGGAUGAUGCACUGGACGAUUUAUUUAGUGCAUAUAUGAAUUUGGACAACAUUGAUGGUCUGAAUUUUUCUGGUAUGGAAGAUAAGGAUUUGGAUAGCAGAACCAGUGGUUCCAAGACUGUUGAAAGCAGUGAUAAUGAAGUUGAGAGUCAUGCAAAUGGGAAAACAACUGGUGGUCAAGGGGCUAGUUCAAGCUGUUCCGAGGAGAGGAGGGAAGGAGUGAAGAGGAGUUCUAAUGGAGACAUUGCACCUGGUUCCCGACACAGGAGAAGUUUCUCAUUGGACAGCUCCAUUGGAAAUUUUAAUAUUGGAGAUGAAUCACCUAAGCUUCCUCCUUUGCAAAACCGAGUUGGUCAACACUCCCCUAGCAAUUCAAUUGAUGGUAAGACAUCUGAUACAAGCAUGGAGUUUGGAAAUGGUGAAUUCAGCUCAGAGGAGCUAAAGAAAAUAAAGGAGAAUGAUAAACUUGCUGAAAUUGCCAUGGCUGAUCCUAAACGUGCAAAAAGGAUUUUGGCUAAUCGCCUAUCUGCUGCUCGCUCAAAAGAGCGGAAGAUGCGGUACAUUUCUGAAUUGGAGCUGAAAGUCCAAACGCUUCAGACAGAGACAACAACAUUGUCUACUCAGUUUACCAAAUUACAGAUGGAUAAUUCAGAGCUUAAAAGUGAGAAUAAUGAGUACAAAUUGAGGAUUCAAGCCUUGGAACAGCAGUCCCAACUGAAAGAUGCUCUGAAUGAGACCUUGGAUGCUGAAGUUCGGCGUUUAAGACGCACGGUUGCAGAACUUGGCGGGGAGUCCCUCCUCUCGAGUCGCAUGGCUCAACAGCUUGCUAUCGGCCAACAAAUGUUCCCGAUGCAGCACCAGCAGCACCCUAACCAGCAUAGACAUGUUCAACUGCAUAACAGCCAUUCCCAGGAGCAGACCCAGACUCAGUCACAGCGUCAGAAUGGCAAAGCUACAGCCUACUGA